GCCGCGCAGUGCAUGCCGAAACUAGCCAUUGUGCGUCGGUGCGUGUGUGACGCGCGUGGGACGCCACGUCGUAGUCGGAGAGCACGUGCCGCGAGCGCUCGGCAUGGUCGACAGCAACACCGUCAUCGAAGGCACCGUCAAGUUCCGAGAUGGCAAAAAGUGGAAGUCCCGCUGGUGUGUGAUGAGGAAGCUGUCCCCAGUCGCAGACUGUCUGCACCUGCAGCUGUACCGCGACAGCAAGGAGAGAUACAAACAGGGCCAGACGAAGGCCUCUCUGUCGCUGCAACAUUUCCUCGCUAUUGAGACAGGGUUCACUUUAGACAAAGAAUCGAAUACGAUAGCAAUAAUUUGUCAAGACGUAACUGUAAUUCUGGCGUUCGAUACAAGAGAGAGGUUAAUGCAAUGGCAGGUGAAGAUAUCCAGCAACUUAGGAGAAGACGUGCAGUUCCUCAUCCAGAUGUCGUCGGCGCCUCCACGAGCCAAGAUCGCCGCUGGACCCGCGCGCCUUCACGUCCAGGAGCAGCGCUUCUGCCUCACUUCUGGCGUUCCUCCGAGGCUACUUGGCUUCUGGGACAUCAGCCAGCUCAGGCGCUAUGGCGUGGUGGAGGGCAGGUUCGUGUUUGAGGGUGGCUCCCGCUGCGGGAAAGGCGAGGGAGUGCACGUGUGCGUCACGGAUCAGGGCGACGAGAUCACCAGGACCUUCCAGAUGGCGGCGCAGGGCAAGGUGGCCACCAGGAGGAGGCCGCGGAACGUCUCCGCACCCAAGGAGCGGUCGCGGUUCAGCUGUUACGUGGGCACGGACGCGGCGAGCAGUCCGCGCCGCCACCGCCAGCCCACCGACGUCAUCAGCGCCGAGGCUCUGCAGCAGCGCCUGCUGGCUGCAGAGGGCGCCGCCGCGCCGCCCAACGGCAGCGCCGCCUGCUGCGGCCUCUGCCAGCACGACGCCUGCGCUCUCUCCCGCCAGCCCAGCACCGAGAACCUCGUCUGCCACUGCAGUGGUUUUUCGGCGCUUGCAGCUAUGGGCCUGGACCGGUGCGUGAGCUGCAUGAGCAAGCUGGGCGCCAUGUCGCGCUCGUCGACGGCGACCACCUACCCCAACACGCCGGCGCAGCCCUUCAGCCCCGCCUGGACCAUGGAGCCGCCCGCCGAGCUGGAAGAGCCGCUGCCGCUGCAGCAGCAGCCGCCCCCGCCGGCUCCGGGCAGCAGCCAGUCCGAGUACUGUGUGCCGCGGCAGCGCCUCCUCAGCCCCACAUCCUCCUCCAGUACAGCCCCCACCUCUGCGGCUGCGCCUACUGCCAGCGGUCAAGCCACCGCAGGAGGCCACCCUCCCCAGCCUCCUUGCAGGUGCUGCCAGUGCUGCCCUCCGAAGACGACGGACGGCGGCGACCGCGCGGACUCGCCGCCCGGCGGCUGCAAGGCGCGCCUGCGGCCGCUGCCGCUGGUGGCGACGCACCUGCCGCAGCAGCCGGCGCGCCGCCAGUGCAGCUGCUCCGUCCUGCGGACCACCGUCGCCGUCAUCGAGCACCACUCGGCCGCCGCCGACCCCUCGGCGCUCUACGACACGCCCAAGGCGCUGCUUCCCGGGCCGCCGCUCAGGGACGACGCAGGGGAGACGUACGACACGCCGCGACAGGUGCGGGAGCGCCUGGCCAUGGCCGACCACUACGACGUGCCGGCGUCGGCGCGUCCCGCCAGCUGCCCCUGCCACCGCGUGCUGUCCUGGGUGCGGCUGCCCUACUGCCGCAGGGGCAGCGGCGUCGACCACUCGGCCACCCAGGUACCCAUCACUAGGGUACCACUCAGCGGUCAGGGAAAGAUGCCAGUCGUCAAUCAACGAGGGGAAAUAGCGAUCUACGCAACGGUCGACAAGUCUAAAAAGACGAAUAAGCGCCUCCGAGAAGCGGCCGUCAACUCGACGACGCAAGAUGGAGUCGCACCUGCUGCAUUACCCACGGCCGAACAACAGGCUUCAAAGGCUGACCCUGAUGUCAACAAUUACGUCAACGUCGACGGGGGCGUUUGUCAAGAAGACAAUACCGAUGGCAACAGUACGGUUCCCAGUUUUGACGCCACUAAUUACGAGAACAUCGACUUCGCCCAGUCGCUUGAGUACUACGAGAAUUCUCGGGAUAUCCUGUCGAAGGUUUCAUUGGUUGCUCAGAGCGGCGACCAGAAUUCCAGUGACAGUGCGCUUGAUGAUGGUAUUCGAAAUGGUUUGACUUCCUCAGGGGAAGGUGUGGUGACGUUCUGUGCGAAAUGUGGUCACGAGUGCCCCGACACUAUUGCCGACCACCCUGACAGUCAGAACGGUAGCAACGUGAAUCCCAGUGCUUCUCUAGCUACGUGUGAAGGAAAAGUUGCGAAACCCGACGUCGAAGACGAUUACUUGAUGAUGGAGCCGACGAAGAACGGGCGUGCGGGAGAAAGUGGGAACACCUUGGAGGCGGUCAGCGGUACGACGAAUGGCAGCUUCCCGGGUUACCUCCCCAUGUCCCCUAUCACGAGUGUCAACUCGUCCAGCAACAAGAUAGAGACACUGAAACUGCAGGUGGACCACAAUUCCUUAAACUGCCCGUCGGUUGAGAAGUCUGUGAGCGUUCCCAGCCUGCUGACCGGUGAAAUGGAGAGGUGUGUCAGGAGGUGCGACUUCUCGUGCCAGCGGGUGGUGUGCGGCUCUACGGUGACGGUGGUCCACCACCAACAGGUGUUCCACCAGCACCAACACUACAACGGCGACAGCCUGCGGCGGCACCUGCUGACGCCCGGCGAGGAGGCGCGGCACCGCGGCAGCUUCGCCUACAGGAAGCGCUCCAGCUCGGCGGAUUCGUCGAGGUACCUGGACGAGUUCGACGAGCGCGACGGCGGCGAGCACGACCGGCCCAUCUCGACGUCGCAGUCCAACUUCUGCAUCCCGGCUGCCCAGGACGAGCCGUCGCAGACGCCGCCCGUCCCGCCGAAGAGCAGUGCGCUGACGAAGCAGACCGCGAGUGUGGUGUGUGGUGACAGCUCGAAAGCGGAGGGUGUAGUGUCGCCGUUGAGUGGCGUAGUGAACGUGACCAGUGAGCAGGAAGUGUUACCUAAAGUGCACAGUGCGAAGCGCGAGUCCCGGGUAGUUGUGGAACCGGCUGUCGAGGUUACCGAGUGCAGCACGAUGGAGUCUGCGGACAGCCCAGCAGCGGAGUUGGACGCACCAGCGGUGGCGGUGCCGGCGGUGGGGCUGGCGCCCCGCGUGCGUCGCUCGUCCAGCCUGGCGCAGGCGGCGGGCAACCGCGACUCGUCCAGCUCGAGCGACUCCGGCGUGUCGACGUGCUCGUCGCUGCUGCUGGUGCGGCCCGCGGCGGCCGCCACCACGACGGCGGCGCGCGACUUCGAGCUGCCGCUGACGACGGCGCUGUCGAGCCGCAAGCACCAGCAGCAGCGCCUGCUCGACCAGCUGGACGGCGAGGCCUGUCUGCACGCCUCGCUGCCGCGACGCUCCAAGUCGGUCGACCCGAUGCGCGACAUCUCCUUCCAGUUCCACCGGGACAGGGCCCGGGACGCGCCCAAGUCCACCUCCGCCGAGGCCGAAGUGCCCGUCUGCCUCAAGAACAGAGGUUUCCAGAGCCCCGGCGGAGACAGCGCCAUCGUGGUGCCGUACCCAGACUCCCGCUCGACCAGCAGCGGUACCUCAGACAUGUCCGACUACAUCGAGACGCUCUCCUUGUCUUCGCACAGCUCUUCCGACGUCACGGAGUCAAUUAGGCUGGGAAGGCAGGCGACGACGAUGCUGCGGCCGCGCUCGGGGAAGGAGUACCAACCCAUCAACCAGUCCAUCCUGGAGAGGGACGUCGCGCUCAACUAGGAGGCCCCACCACCACAUCUUGCUCAACGACAGCCGAACCGUCUUCUCGCAAUAACUACGCUCUACUCGCCAGUUUUAUAGCAUGGAACCGCUUACUCUCGCAAUAAUCUGAUGAGACCUGCAUUUGUACUAGUCUACUUUGCGAACGGCUUCGGCUGUACCUCGAAGUCGUUCGCGACAACUCCGAUAAGACUGUCAAAACUACAAAAAAUAAUUUCUUCCAUUUUAUUUUCAUUGUAUGCAUAAUGUAAAGUGUGAAUAUAAUGUAAUUCCUUCUACUACGUAACGUGUAUAAAGAAAGUCAUUUUUCUUCAUGUGAUAAGCCAUUUUCAACUCGUGUCAGAUAUUUAAUCAGGACACACU